AUGGUCUACAUCCAAGACUCCCUCAGCUGGUCCAUCCAAGACUCCCUCAGCUGGUCCCUCGGCUUCGCCAUUUCCACAACCCUAGUGCUCCUCCCACUCCUCUUCUUCCUCGGCACCCCUCUAUACGUCCACGUCGCCCCCAAAGGCAGCAUCUUCUCCGGCAUCCUUCAAGUCUUCGUCGCCGCCUUCCGCAACCACCGCCUCCCCCCCCCCCCCCCCCCCCCCCCCGCCGCAUUCCAUAACCCCAUCUCACACAACCACCACGCCAUCACCCCUGUCCCGCCCACCCCCUCCUUUCUCUUCCUCUCCAAAGCCGCCAUCCCGCCCCCUUCCGGGGCCUACCCGCCGAGCCCAUGGCGGCUUUGCACCCUCCAACAAGUUGAAGAAGUCAAGUGUUUGAUCCGCAUCAUACCCAUCUGGACCUCUGGGAUCAUCUGCUUCGUCGCCCUCGGACAACAAUGGACCUUCUCCGUCCUCCAGUCCAUGAAAAUGAAUCGUCAUCUCGGUCCACAAUUCAUGAUCCCGCCGGGCUCGGUGGGGACGAUCGCCAUGUUAGGGUUAGCUUUAUUCAUCCCCGUAUACGACAUGGUAGUCGUUCCGGUAACCCAGAGGAUCACGAAGCUCGACGGCGGGAUCACACUAUUGCAGAGGCAAGGAGUGGGGUUGCUGAUAUCGAUUUUUUCGAUGGUGGUGGCGGCGGCGGUGGAGAAAAAGAGGAGGGAUGAGUCGUCAGAAGGGGUGGCGAUUUCGGUUAUGUGGCUGGCGCCGCAACUGCUGGUUAUGGGGGUGGCGGAGGCAUUUAAUGCGGUGGGGCAAAUCGAGUUCUAUAACCGACAGUUUCCGGAGCACAUGCAGACAUUGGCAGGGGCACUGUUCUUCUGUAGCCUGGCGGGGUCGAGUUAUUUGAGCAGUUUGCUAAUGGCGGUGGUGAAGAAGAUGACUGGUGGGGAAGGGAGGAGGAACUGGCUUGAGGAUGAUAUUGAUGAGGGGAGGGUGGAUUAUUUUUAUUAUUUUAUUGCAAUUAUAGGGGUUGUCAAUUUUAUUUAUUUUCUUAUUUGUGCGAGCUUUUAUAGGUAUAAGAGAAUGGGGGAAGUGAGGGAAGAGAGAGGUGAGGGGGAUUUUGAGGUUUGUAAAGUCGAGUCUUAAAAUUCGUGUUAUCGUGUAUCGCACGGCGGUUUAUCUGAACCGUUUUAAGGACGUGCAUCCAUCACACGUAAUAUUUUUUCAGGUUUUAGUUGAUAUAUUUAUGCAAAGUUUGACAAAUAAAUAGUUUUAUGUUA